AGUAUAGUGUGGUAUAGGUGGACAAUAUCUACAGUACAUAACAUACUAUAUUGGGUGUUCAGUGAUACAUAAUAUAUGUAGCACAUAUUUUUGUAUAGUUGACAUUCGAUCAUUUGAAGUUGUGUCAGUAGAGCCAAAGAAAAAGUUCAUUUCAAGUUGUAUCAAUAAUAGUGACUCACUCGCUUAAUUUCACAACUAGGCAACCACAGUGGCGUUUUAAUGUUACCACAGAUUUAUAACAAUUCGUGUAUGUACAGGCAACACCGGAAUUAAAUAAUGGCCACAGUUGUUGAACACUUCCUCAAUACGUUCCAAACUAUAGAAGGAACAACUAUUGCAGUUAGGCAGAAAAAUUUUUUCAAGCUCUUGCAUGAGAUUGCACCAUUGGUGAAGGACAAUGUAGAAGCACUGGAUGCCAUUACGUCAAAUUUAAAUCCUCGAACUUACCUGGAGAGCAUAUUCAGAGUGAAUUUUCUAAUUUAUUUUCGAAAAUCACAAGAAUUACUGAUUUUAUUGAAAGAAGGAAAUUAUGUUUUUGUCAGCAAAAUAGCGAAGCAAGAUUGGUUUUUCAAAGAAGUGCUUAUAGAUGUUCCAGCAGAUCAACUGGUAAAUGAAAUUUUACCAUGCAUGUCUUUUUCGGUUCGUAUGAAAAUACUGAGGAAGUUAAGUAGAUUUUCACAGAGUGAGAAGUUUGAUGAAAUUUUUGAUGCUCUUGUUACUCGAUAUGGAAUUUAUUUAGCAUCACCGUUCAUUAUUGGGUGUAGUCCUGAAAAAAUAAGACAAAUUUUACUUGAUUAUCCUGCUAAAUUGACAUCAAAACAGUUGAAAAUUUUGUAUUCAAAGGACCCGCAGCUCAUAGAUUUUUACUUUACUGCUACCAACACUUCUAGUCAUAUAUAUGGAUAUACAAACCUGAUAAAGUUUCUUUAUUUUAACGAUCAUGCCUUGUUUGAUAUUCUAAAAAAUAAGUAUAAUAUAUCAAUGCUCAUACGCCUUGGUCGAAGAGCUACAAAAAAGUUUGUAAUGCUUAAAAAAGAUGAAAUAAUCAAGAAUCCUUACAAAUUUGAUUACAUAAAUAUCAAAGCCGUUUUCAGAAAAAUUGGUAGAGAUUCUGUGCAACUCUUUAGAAAUGCCCUGCCUGAGCAAUUCCCAGGUUGCCUCAUUGAUAGCAUUUGGCCGUUUAACAGUUUCCCUGAAAAGUACCAUUAUAGUUUGUUUAUAAAAAUCUUUCAGGAUCACUACAAGAUAAGAUUAGUUGAUUAUCCUAACAUAAUUAGCGAGAAACUUCUAAAACUUAUACCUGACAACGUGGAACGGUCAGCUUUAGCAAAAGUUUUAGUAGACACAGGUCACGAUGAGUACCUCAAGUACUUACUUAUUGAAGAUUCCGUUCCAUUAAUCAAAGAAAUAAUUAAUGUAACGUCAGAUAUUGAAGAAAGGGGUAAAUUAAUAAAAUACUUAAUUGAAACAUGUCAUAUUAACAACAGCAUAGACGCUUUAUUGGAAGUUAUGAAAUAUUUUUGUUUUAGACAUAAAAAUGAUGAUUUAGAUGUACAUUUGCAAUUUAUAAAUAACAUCGAACGCCAUUUUGAUUUUAGAAAAUUCACUGAAGAGAUGUGGGCUACUUUAAAUGAGUUUUUGGCCAUUCACAUGUUGAAAUUUGAUGAAUGUCAAUCCACGUACGAAAAAAUACAAACAAUGCCUUUAGCUAGUAUUAAUUUGGGAAUUUCUGUUUCCCAGAGGUUGUCUUAUUUGGAGUUUUUGUUCAAAAAGAACAUGGCGAUCGAUGAGCUAAUUAAAGAAUACUUCACUACUUACCUUGAGUUCCCCAAAUACAGAGAUUACGAUAAAGAUUUUGAAAAAUAUUUCUUGCUUUUCUGUAUAAACAAUAUUCAUGAGACCGAUAGAUCCGAAAAUUUUAAGUAUUUGUUAAUUUGUGAAAUAAAUAGAUGGAAUAGUGCGUACAAAGAGGAUCAGCUUUCACUUUAUGAUUUUCCAAUAUUAGUUCACACUUUUAACAGUAUUAUUAGGAGUAAGCAGAUGAAGCAAUAUCCUUGCGUAUUUGAUGCCUUCCGCAUGAAAAUUUUUACUCAGAAGAAAAUAUUUACAGAAAUGAAUAUAUGCAAAUUUAUUGGGAGGGUCAUGAAAAGUUAACAA